GGGCGCCAUUGAGAUGACAUUUCAAUUGAGUGCUUCCAUGACUGCAGAACGGCUCUGGGAAAUGUGACACAGGCCUUAUUGUCACCACCAGCUGCAGCGUUGGGAAACGUAGCAGAAAGGAUUGGGUUUUAAUUCUCGUGCUCAGUGGUUACGCUGUACAGAGAAUUAGAUUCAAUUAAAGUUCCAAACAUCGAGUGAAGGUCUUUUGUUUUAAGAUUCUGUAUACUAAGGCAAAUUCUGAAUGCUCUCCAUUUUAGGUCAGUAUAACCCUCUUCUGGCUGUGUAAGAUAAGAUAAGCGAAGUGCAAAUGGUUUUUGAGAUGCAAACAAAUUUCUGAGCUUUAAACAAUUGAAUUUUGCUUGCUUUUUUAUUGCAGGAAAAACUCACUGACUACAUUGUUUCUCAUUUUACAAGUUUUCUAGGGAACACCACAGACGAUAUAAUAACAAUAAUGACCGUUAAAAAUAAUGUCUCAUUUUUUGGGUGCGUUUAAUCUGUCUUGGCAUCUAUGAGAAACUCCAUCAAUGACAUCAUUCAUGUAGGGCAAGGGUGAGGUUGGGCAAGAGCUCGAGCAGGGAAGAGGUGGCACGAGGAAUGCUUUUGGUUUGCUGAAACGCACAAGCUUGGACGUUUGUGAUAUCUGAAUACUUUCGAGCAGGUCUCUUAGGUCGGGAAGGUUUUCUCAUGAUGAAGUGCUCUCUUGGACUUUUUCUGUUGGUCUGUUGUUUGCCUUUAGCUUGGGUAAGCGUUAAGCAUUAUGGAAUGCGAUUCUCCUCUGCAGGCUCGUCUCUUCGAUGCUACAAGUGUGAGGAUUACACUGGGGGCCAUUGCACUGUGCAGCAAGUUUGUUCUUACGAAGACGCAUGUUUGUAUCUUCAUGAGAAAGGUGGAAAGACCAUUCGCCGGUGCAUUCGAUACACAGACUGUGAUAACUCUCGUCUGUCCCAGCAGUUCCCGUCGAUAUCAGAAUACACUUACAGGUGUUGCAACACUGACCUGUGUAACAGCGGGCCAGUGACAGCUGCAAGCACGCCAUUCUUAUACCUGCUGGCGGUGCUCAGCGGCCUCUGGUCCUGCUCCAUCACUGUAUGAUUUCACAAUAGAACUUCUGCGGAGGUUUUUUUGUUGCCAUACCUCUUAUGCAUAUCUAUAUAUUUACUAUGUACCAUUAUUUAGUGAUUGUUUGGUUUUGACUAACCACUUAUAAAUCGAAAAAGCACUGUUUGUUGUAAACUAUUUUGAUUCUAAUACCAUUGUGUUCUGAAUUUUAUUUAAAUACAUUUUAUUUUGGUUGACAUUUUAAAAUAAUGCAGCAAAUGUUUGAUCUUUUCAUAUAUGACCUUUGUAUGUGGUACCAUUACAUCAGUAAAAUAACCAAUUAAAAAAACCUUGAUUUUCUGAA